AUGGAAACUGAUCGUGUAGAUUCUGACGUUCAGAUAGGCACAGUUACGCUUCCUAUCGCACCUUUUCGCGAGACUAAUCCUAAGUCUUGGUUUGGUCAGCUAGAAUCGCAAUUUUCUUUGCGUGGUAUUAGGUCCGAAAAGACCAAGUUCCACCUAGUCGUUUCCGCGCUUCCGCUAAAUGUCAUCGAUGACAUUGAUGACAUUCUAGAUCUUCCUGACGACCGAAAGACUUACGAUGCAGUCAAGACAGCUGUUCUGAGAAGAACAGGCUUAUCCGAUCGACAACGAGUUACGAAACUCCUGAACGAAACCGAUCUUGGCGAUCUUAAGCCAUCUCAGCUGCUUCGAAAAAUGCAGAGCCUAGCUAAACCCUCUUCGAUAGAUGAUUCUUUUCUUCGGGAAAUGUGGUUGCAACGACUUCCGCGCGAGAUGCUACACAUCCUCUGCGCUAGUGAGGAUGCACCUUUGUCCAAACUGGCCGAUACAGCCGACCGAAUUUGGGAGUCGUACGGCCAGGUUUCGCAGGUCCAGACGAAACCGGACAACGAUAUCGCUACGCUUAAAUCCCAGAUGGCAACGUUGACUCGACAAUUCGCAGACUUUUCGGCCUCCAGACAUAACCGCUGUAAAUGCUCUAGGAGCCGUUCGCGUUCACGUUCGAAGUCUCCUUCUCGAUCACCGAAUAGAAACGGUUACUGCUGGUACCACGAACGCUUCGGCCAGCAAGCUAAAUCAUGUCGCCCGCCCUGUUCCUUCAAACGACAGCAGCAGGGAAACGGGCGGACCAGCACGUAG